CACCUAUAGUUGUUUCGUCAUUGAUAGGUGAAUGCUCUAGGGUAUUAUUUGGUCAAUAACGUACCUAAAAUUCGGGUCAUUAUAGACCAAUAACAAACUGAUAAGUGAUAAGACAUAAAUAACUAUAAUUGAAAUCAGUAAUUAAAAAUUACAGGUUUAUGGACGCGAUCGUAGAAGGCGUCGUGAAGUAACUGACAGUAAGUAGAACAAGAUGGCAGAUAAAAUUCCUGGGGAAACUGUUGAAAAAGCAAAUGCUAUUUUGUUACCGACAAAAUCCAAAGAGAGUUAUGAUAAAGAAUACAGUAAAUUUCAAUCAUGGUUGCAAACCAACAAUGUUGAAACAAUUAAUGAAACUGUGUUGCUGGAAUAUUUUGAAGAAAUGUCCGAAGUAUUUUCCCCAAGCUCAUUAUGGACAAAGUAUUCAAUGCUUAAGAAAACUCUCCUGGUUAACAAGAAUAUUGAUUUGAGUAGUUACCAUAAAUUGUGUGAACACUUGAAAGAACAAAUUAAAGGAUACGAGUCAAAAAAGUCCAAAGUUUUAUCCAGUGAGCAGGUUUUAAAAUUCCUAAAAGAUGCUCCUAACAAAGCAUUUUUGGCAGUCAAGGUGGCUGUGUUGUUUGGCGUGUUUGGGAGAUGCAGAAGGCAAGAGUUGGUGAACAUAUUGGUAGAUAAUGUAGAUGAUAGAGGGUCAGUCAUUGUUGUCACAAUACCCGCAACAAAAACUGAUAAGAGGCGCAUUUUUACAAUUAUUGACGAAAACGAAAUGAACAGCAUCGAUCUGAUUAGACAAUAUAUGUCGCUACGACCACAAUGCGAGUUAAAAAGAUUUUUUCUAAAUUACCGAGACGGUCGUUGUACCGCGCAGCCGAUUGGAAAAAAUACGUUUGGAAAGAUUCCUUGCACCAUUGCCAAGUACUUUGGCUUAAAAGAUGCUGAAAAAUAUACAGGACACGGGUUGCGCCGAACCUCGGCAACGUUGCUGGCGGAUUCAGGGGCUAGUAUGACCACCCGGAAACGAAAAAUUACAGACGUAGAGGACAAUUUGGAGGACAGUAUGUGUUCCAAAAACAAAAUUUCAAACGGCGAUGGUUGUGAACCAUUCGACGAAAAGCCGUCUAUAUCUACUAGUGACAUGCCUUCCACUGACGAUGUUUCUGUAACCGAUUCUGAUGAUAAAAUCAUGUUGGCUACUUUGACAUCGAGUUGUGAAAUAUUCGAUGAAAAGCCGUCUGUAUCUACUGGUGAUCAGUUGAUCUAUGAUGUUUCCAUAACUGAUUCUGAAGAUAAAAUCGUGUUUGCUGGUGAUCCUUCGACGUCCAGUUGUGAACCAUUCGAUGAAGUACCGUCUACAUCUUCUACUGGUGAAGUGAUCAACAUGCCUUCCAGCUAUGAAGUUUCUGUAACCAGUCCUGAGGCUAAUAGUGGAGUGGCAAAUGCAAAAAUUGCGUCAUCAAGCUUUACUGCUGGUAAUAUCACAUUUACGGGACCAUUCAACAACUGCACUUUUGUUGUGAAUGAAAAAAAAGUUGGUACAAGUCUACCCUUAAAGUACGAAUAAAGAUUAUUUAAUUAACAA